CAAUCAGCCUCACUCCCUCUCUAUCAACCUCGCCUUCAUUCCCACACACACACACAUACACACAUAUACCCUCACCGACCCGGUCCAGUCCAGUGUCAGUGUGUGCGGACAUGGAUGUGAACUCCGUCCCUCUGGACUAACUAGAACCCCGCGGUGUGCAAACGUUUUGCCGUGCGGCUCCGCCCGGUGCGUGUGCGGCGGACUCCCUCGCAUCUGGGACUUUUGGAUUGGAUUGACCGACAGCGGCGGGAGAGGACUGCUGCACCCUCGCAGGACAAAGAGAGCGACCGCUGGGAAAUUAAGGGGGAAAAGCCGCAGAGACGAGUGAAAAUGGGGACGUGUCUCCUCACUGUCGCCUUUGGUCUGUCAAUGCUCGGUGGGUGCCUGGCCCGGGUGGUGACGGUGUCUCCUGGUCCAUUAAUCCGGGUGGAGGGUCAGUCGGUCUCCAUCAGAUGUGAUGUCAAUGACUAUGGGGGACCUCGUGAGCAGGAUUUCGAGUGGAUGAUCUCCAGGGACUCCAGCGCCCAGAGGAUAAAGAUAAUUUCCACGUUCGACGCCGGCUAUUCUCACCCGUCGCUCAGCAAGCGCGUUGCGUCCGGCGACAUCUCGGUGGUGCGGCUGCAGGACAACGAGGUGGAGCUGAAGAUAGCGGAGGCCAAGGCGCUGGACGCUGGUUCGUACUGGUGUCAAACACCGAGCACGGACUCCGUCAUCAGUGGCAACUACGAGGCCCAGGUCCAACUCACUGUCAUCCCCAACACCCUCAAGGUCUCCCCCCAGGCCCCACCCCCCGUCGUCCCAGAAGGAAGUGACUUCACGCUGUCCUGCAACGUCACCCGGGAGCUCACCCAUCCCACCUACCUGUCCGUCACCUGGUCGGUGAAGAAGGGAGGAACGUCGGAGGACAUUUUGACAUUUGGGCCUCAGGGAGACGUGGCGGCGGGGUCAAAGUUCGCCCGGCGCUAUGCCGACGGAGGCAUCCGAUUGGUUCCCGGCAAGAACGGCGUGUUUGAAUUGGUGAUUUCCAGAGUGACGUCGUCCGAUGAAGGGAGUUAUGAAUGCAACGGGACGGAGUGGACGCAUGAAAACGGAGGGAAAUGGAUAAAGAUCGUGGAGAGCACAAGAGAGAUGGGAACUGUUGCUGUUACUCCUACAGGUCAGUCCCUCAGCGUGAAGGCUUCAUCCUCCUCCUCUCCCUCCUCCGCGACUCUGCUCCUCACCCCCGGUAACGCGCUGACCCUCCUCUGCUCCGUCGCGGCCGACAACCUGCCCGCCCUCGCCCUGGAAGUGACCUGGCUGGCAGACGGCCGCGAGAUCAUCACCAUGGAGCGUAGCGGGGUGGUGAUCUCCAACACGUCCUCCGGCGGAGCGCAAGGGAAGCGGGGGGAGGCGACGCUCGAGCGGACGGGAGCCGGAGAAUACAGGCUGGGGGUGAGGGGGGUGAGCGGGGAGGACGGAGGAGCAUACACCUGCCGCAUCCGAGCCUUCAUCGAGAAAGAGGGAAGGAGCGCGGGAGGAGGAGGGCGGUGGCACAUGGCGGCCGAGAAGACGUCCAGCCCAGUGACAGUGAAGGUGUCACAGAUCAAACCGAGCUUUACACUGAACCUUGAACCCGUCCUGAGCCCCCAGAUGACAGCUGAUCCCACAGAACUGGCGUGUCACGUGACCAAUAUUACUCAUUUGCCCCAUGGAGGCAGACUGGGUGUCACCUGGGAGCACACCGCACUUCCUGGGAUAGGGGAUGACCCUCAGAGCUCGCAUCCCAUUGGCUCCCUGGACGGCAGUGGCAACCUGUUGCCAGGACCGACGUAUUCUGACAGGCUGAAGAGCGGCUUGUUGUCUCUGACCAGAGUCCAGCCCAACACAUUCAAACUGCGAUUCCUCCGCACAAAGGAGAUCGACAUGGGCCAGUAUGCCUGCACUGUGUCUGCUUGGAGUGUGAACAGCCAGGGUGACAUGGUGAAGACCGCCGAGCACCAGAGCUCACCACACACUGUACGAUGGGUCACCAAACGCCCCUCUCUGAACGUCGUGGCCAAGCAAAUCCGCGCAGCCUCAGUGGGCGGGGCUACCUUCGAGAUGAGCUGUACUGUAUCAACUGAGAACCUUGGGGAGGUGGGCUACUCGGUGCUCAUCCAAUCACAGGACAGCCUGGAGAGCACUGUGAAAACCAUCAUGACUCUCAGUCCUGACAGCGUCCUGCAGCACGGCGGAGCUACAGACCCCGGCAGGAGAGACAGUCUGGUUCUGACUAAGUCUGGUCCAGCAGAGUUCCGGUUUCGCCUGGCAGGCGUCCAGUUGUCGGACAGAGGUUACUACUGGUGCGACAUCACGGCGUGGACAAAACAGCAGCCAGGACAAACGUGGACCAAAGCCACCAACGCAGAGUCUAACAAAGUCAGGAUCGACUUCCAAGAAAACGGCCCGUCCUUCUCCAUCGCCAUCCAAUCGGACGAGAGCAGUGUUUAUCCGUGGGAAACGGCCAAGAUGGAAUGUUCCCUCAGCGUCUCCGGAUCUUCACCAAAGACUGGCACAACCCAAGAUGACCUGGCGUACGAGGUGCGUUGGUUUUUCACCAGGCUGCGAGGCGGAGAGACGACGACACAGGUGGCCAGUGUCGACCGCUUUGGAGUUGUGAGGAAAGAAGCCCGUAACUCAUCCAGUGACAUUUCAAUAGAGCGCAAAGACACGCACACCUACAUGCUGAACAUUCAUGGCUCUCAGGACAGUGACAGCGGUGAGUAUCACUGCAUGGCCACUCCGUGGUACCUGUCGGCUUCAACGGGAGCCUGGACUCAAGCUGGAGAUCUGACGUCUUCUCGGAUCUUCCUGACAGUGCGAUUUGCUGUGUGGGAGUCCCUGAAGUUACCUCUCAUAUACGGUCUAUCAGCCUCAUUAGGUGUGGGCCUCUUCUCGCUGGUCCUGGGUCUGGUCUGCGCCCAGUGCUGCUGCCGCAACACCACGCACACCCCUCGCUCACGCAACAAACUGAUGGACCUGGAGAUGGACUGACAAACACUUUCCCCCGCACCCGCCCACUGCAGCGCUCACAGGAAACACCACACACACAACAGACACACGCCCACGGACGAUUUCUGGGACACCCAGUUGUUUCCGGGUGAGGGACGCUGGGAAUAAAGCGGCGCGGAGGCCCGACCCGUUGAAAUCGAACUCUCCGGCUCUGCAGUGGUGGAGCGGGGGACUUUCAGCCUUUGAGACUUCACUUUCUAUGAAGACCCAUUCAAAUCUGUGGCGCUUCCAGUGAUUUCUUCUUUUUUUUUAAAAUUUUAACACAGAUAUAUUUGCUCCCUGUAAAGACCAUCACACCACGAGAGACUCUGAAGAACGUGGUGUUACAUUUUUGAGGAGCAGGAGGCUCUCAGACGUCACUGCCGCUUGGGAAUAAAGGAGCACCUCUGUAACCACCAGGGAUAACACAUGAAGCGCUCAGGCUACAACCUUUUUUUUUUUUUUUUCUUCUUCCAGUGCUAAGGCUCCCUGCUAAGAACAACCGCUCUGCGUUCCGAUAGAAACAAAGCCUGUCAAAGUAACAUCGACACCACCGCACCCCCUGGAUUUCUUCUUCUACUUCUUCAGAAAGAACAGGAAGUUCGAGGGGGGCUUGGGGUUGAAGGAACAGAAGUGAAUUUACUCGUCUGAUUGAACAUUUUACCAACAUAUCGCAGUUCGGUCGCAGUGAUGUGGUAACCGCAGACUGGACGGUUUGAGGCAGCAGGCCGCAGAGAAAACCCCCAGAAAAUGCAAGUGAGGUAUUGCACUAGAACUUCCACCCCAGAGUAUUCUUACCUUAACAAGAGGACAAUGACUCACCCUUAUUCUCAACUCUAGUUUUAUGAAAAUUGAGAGAUUUUAAACUGAGAGACGAUUUUUAAGCUUUACAAGGAGAUAUGCAGUCCGUGUGUUUGUUUGUGUGUGAGAUAUACUGUACGUGGUGCCAAUAUUUGAACUAACAGACGCGUGCUCGGUUCAUAUCGCCAGAUCAACACUUGAACAGCCACUCAAAGUGGUGACAGCAAGCACUCUUUUUUUUUUUGUUUUGUUUUGUUUUUUUUGUUUUUUUUUUAGAUAUUCAGAAAUGUAUCCAGCUGUUGUGUGUGUUUCCUGUGUGAGUGCCGUGCUCCAGUGUGUGAGACAGUUGCAUGUACUGUUUUAUAACGACACAACUGACGUCAGCUCACGAGCAACAAGCGAACAAAGCCUCUUCCCAGGGUUCGCUUUCGGACGACAUCAAAGUCUCCCGCACCAGAUUCUCCACCUGUCGCUCCACCCAUGUAGGACUCUGGUGUGCUCGCGGCGAGGGAGCGUGGGCGUAACCCAACACACUCGCUUACUUCCAUUGUUAGCAGCCGCCGAGUUGGCAACAGGAAGACGCCGCAUGUUUCUCCGUUUCAGUUUGUGCUUUUAAGGAGUGGGAAAACAUUUUGGGAAAUAGAUUUGUCACUUUUUUGUGUGUGUGUGUGUUGGUGGAUUAAAGGGUAACUCCACCAGCUUUGCACAUUUAAUGUGUUAGAUUGGUGGAGUAACUCCGUCAGGAUGUGGUUAGCCUAGCUUAGCAUACAGACAGGAAGCAGGGGGGAACAUCUGUUUUCUGGCAUAUUGUUUUUAUAUUAAUGUCUUCGUGGAUACUUGAUACAUAACUAAUGUGUUGAGUAGGACUGUUAAUAAAUAAGAGCUACUCUGAAGACUUCUGGACAGGCUGGCUGUUCCUCCCUGCUUACACUCUUUAUGCUAAGCUAACCAAGCCAUGCUCUGACUCCAGCUUUGUAUACAGCACACAGACAUGAGACACAAUAUCAUCUUCUUAUCCAAUUCUCUUUUUUUAUUUAUAUCUUUAAAAAGACAGCACGCUGGCUUAAAUGUUGAACAGUUCCUUUAAAAUCACAUGACUUCAUGGAAUUGAAGUUGCGGUCUAAUAUUUUCGGAAAUCCACACGUUUGCUCUCGUGAUCAGACUACGAUGAGAAGACACAUCUGUUUAAGCCACGUGUGAGAUUUGAACUGUGGUUAGCCUAGCCAAGCUUAGCCAGGACGCGGGGAAAAUGCUAGCUUAGCCAAGUUUACAAGGACACAGGGAAAAUGCUAGCCUAGCCCCAUCAGAAUUGGAACAGUUGGCAUUGAAAGGAGUAAUUUCCUUAUAGAAAUCCGAUUUUACACUCUCAUCACCAGUUGGCAGACUCGUUCUGUCGCUUCUGGUUUAGCUGCCGUAUUUCUCAAAAUGUCAAACAUUUCCUUAAAAGUUGCUUACUAGCCAGAAACAGGUCAGUAAAAUGGUUCCAGAUUCUCAUAUUGUCCUUUUCCGGCUGAUCCGGAUCGUUGGGUCUCUACUCAGCCAGAGAGGAUCAGUGUUUCCUCACAGUGAGCAGCCAGACCUGAGCUCUGCCUUUUACCUGCUGAUUCAGAGUCAGCUGACCUCUGUGGAGUCUCUGUGGUGUUUUGUAUAGCAGAUGAAUGAACCGUGACUGUCGUACCAUGUAGACAGCCGCGUGAACACACACUCACAGUUCACCAACACACACGAAGUGGGGAGGCUUCAGUCCUGUUGCUCCUGAACCAGCUGGGCUUUAUCCGAUGUUUAAAUGGUUUUAUAGAGGUUAUAUAAGCAACAGUCUGAACUUUCUGAGCAAUAUGAUGAUGUAGUGCUACUUAUGUAUUUUUUUUUUUCCCACCCUGAGUCAGAGCGACAAGUUAAGAUGAGUUUACCACUGUGUCCUGACUGCCUGCGAGUCCACUCUGAAUCAUUACCAUGCAUUCUGCAUUCUCAUCAUGUGCAUCACACUGGAGACCUCUCCACUAAUCGAGGCUUAAGUUUGUUAAGAUCUUUCUACGUUUGUAAUUUUAAACCGAAAAGGCAUGUUUUUUAUACAGAUGUUUCUGCUGGGACAGACCCGGCGCUGCUCUGCGUCACUUCCAGCCCGUGAAGACACUAAAUUGAUCUGAUUUUCGUGGCAGACACUCGCUCACCUGGCAUGCAGACAGGACACGGUGUGAACUAUUACUGUAAUCCAAUCAGAAUGCAAUACCCACAUGUGUAAAUGGGACACCAGAGGGAUCCUCCAGAGGAGCAGGGCCACUGAGGGAAUCAGCUGAGAUCCACUCUGAGGAGUAUUUAUACAAUGUGUGUGUGUGUUUUGGAUUGAUGUUGAGAGUUACUUCAGAAACUCCCAGUAAGUCUCCAUAAACCCAGUCAGUCCACAGGUGUGUGUGUGUGUGUGUGUGUGUGUGUGUGGGCAUGUGUGUUUGCUUGUGUGCGUGUGUGUCUGUGUGCCCCCUGUGAUGGUGCUGUUGCAGUAUUCAGUAUAGGUUUUACCACUAUCUUCAAUACACACACACACACACACACACACACACACACACACACAGUACUUGAGCACACAGGUGAAUAAUAGGGCUCUGUGCCAAAUGCUAACACACACACGUAGCAUUGAUACACACCACUGAACACGUCCCCAGGGUCCUUUUUUUUUUUUUGAUUUUGUCGUUUUAUUGCAAUGAUGUAUGAUGAAUCCUGUUUUUUAAAUAAAUAGAUUUGUAAGAUGUA